AGCCAAAGGAAGUGAAUUUUGUGAGCCAAGAACUAUCAGUUUAUGAGCCUCCAUUCUGGCUGCUGGACAAAGGUGCUGUUGGAAAGAUUCCAGGGAGGCUGGGGAAGGACUUGAAUCGAUGCCCGGGAUCAGUGAUGGAUUGGAUGUGGGCUAACAAGCUGAAGCUUAUCCAGACAAGACAAAGGUCCUGGAAUGCCGACUGUUCCUAGAGCAAAGCAGGUUUGAAACUCAAACUGCACCUGGGGAUUGUUGGAGGGGCAGCUGCUGCCUGCAUGGCUUUCCUACGCAGGGUCCCCUUUGGAUAGGACUGGCCACUAUACAUCCCGACCCAUGAAAAGUGAUUGUGCAUCAGCUGGCGGCGGGUGUGGCUGCAUGUGAGACAUUUUCCAGAUGAACCACAUUUACAGAUUGCCAGUCAAGAGAAACCACCAUGUGACGGCCAAACCCCUUUGCUGAGUCAGCUCCUUGCAUCCGUGGAGGCCUUACGUGUCCCCUCCCCUGAUGACCAGCUGAUUCGGUCCAGAAGCCGGGAAACUUCUAGCGGCACAUGAGACCCUUCCUCCCUACGGCGGUCCUGAGCCAGAGGAGAAGCAGAAGAGGAAGGCACCGCACCGAGAAGCGAUGGGACUUGAAAGCCAUGGUUACUUGAGAUAAAUGGCAAACCAUUGGGUGUCUAGUCCUGUAGCCACCCGCUUCUGCUUUGCCCCUCUCUGCGGCUCCCGUUUCUUCUCCACGAGCUGCCCCUGGCUCUUCCAGAGGUGGCGUGGCAGGCACCAGAGGCCGUUUGGUGGGUGUCCGGCGUGAGGAGGGGUGAGCCGCCUGCCUCACCAUGAUUCAGCUGUGGAAAGUAGUGCGGCACGUGCGACAGCUGGAGCUCCACCGGCUGAUCCUGUUGCUCAUUGCCUUCAGCUUGGUCUCCAUGUGCUUCCUGGCUUACUACGUCACCAACAGCCCCAAGAUAAAGGAGCCACCCCCCUUGCCCUUCAGUGACUGUAGCAACCAGCACCGGGUCCUCCUCCAGCCCCAGGCCAGCUGGAGGCUGACCAAGUCCGUGGACAACUCUCGCACGGACCCCGUGGUUCUGGUCUUUGUGGAAAGCAUUUAUUCCCAGCUGGGUCAGGAGAUUGUGGCCAUCUUGGAAUCUAGCCGAUUCAAGUACAGGACAGAGAUUGCUCCUGGGAAGGGGGAUGUGCCCACUUUGACGGACAAGGACCACGGCCGCUACACACUUAUUAUCUACGAGAACGUUCUUAAGUAUGUGAACCUGGAUACCUGGAACAGGGACCUCUUGGACAAAUACUGCGUGGAGUACGGAGUUGGGAUUAUCGGCUUCUUCAAGGCCAAUGAGAACAGCUUGCUUAGCGCUCAGCUCAAGGGCUUCCCCCUCUUCCUACAUUCCAAUCUGGGAUUGCGGGACUACCACAUCAAUCCCAGCGCCCCGCUGCUGUAUGUGACCCAGGCGAAUGAGGUUGAGCAGGGCCCUCUGCCUGGCGAUGACUGGACGGUGUUCCAGUCCAACCAUACCACCUACGAACCUGUCCUGAUGGCCAGCACUAAGUCCUCCGAGUCAAUCCCUCACCUGGCCACCCACAGGGCCCUGCAUGCCACAGUAGUGCAGGACCUGGGACUGCACGAUGGCAUCCAGCGGGUCCUCUUUGGGAAUAAUCUUAACUUCUGGCUGCACAAGCUCAUCUUUGUGGACGCCAUUGCUUACCUGACUGGCAAGCGGCUCUGCUUGACCCUGGAUCGUUACAUUCUGGUGGACAUCGAUGAUAUCUUUGUGGGCAAAGAAGGCACGCGCAUGAAAGUUUCUGACGUAGAGGCUCUUCUGAACACUCAGAACAAGCUGAGGACAUUAGUCCCCAAUUUCACUUUCAACCUGGGGUUCUCUGGGAAAUUCUACCAUACAGGUGAACAGAAGGGUCAGGACAUGCUGCUGAAGCACAGGAAGGAGUUUUGGUGGUUCCCCCACAUGUGGAGCCACAUGCAGCCACACCUCUUCCACAACGUGACCAUCCUGGCCGAGCAGAUGAAACUCAACAAGCAGUUUGCUCUGGAGCACGGAAUCCCUACAGACUUGGGCUAUGCAGUUGCCCCCCACCACUCGGGGGUUUAUCCUGUCCAUGCACAGCUCUAUGAGGCAUGGAAGACUGUCUGGGGGAUCCAGGUGACCAGCACAGAGGAGUAUCCUCACCUUCGGCCGGCCCGCUACCGCCGAGGCUUCAUCCACAACCGGAUCAUGGUGUUACCUCGGCAAACCUGUGGUCUCUUUACACACACCAUCUUCUACAAUGAGUAUCCUGGCGGCUCCAAAGAGCUUGACAAGAGCAUUCGUGGGGGCGAACUCUUUCUGACGGUUCUCCUGAACCCUAUGAGCAUCUUCAUGACACACUUGUCCAACUAUGGGAACGACCGCCUGGGUCUCUACACCUUCGAGAGCCUCGUCAAAUUCGUGCAGUGCUGGACCAACCUUCGCCUUCAGACGCUGCCCCCCAUUCAGCUGGCCAAAAAGUAUUUUGAAAUAUUUUCGCAGGAGAAGAACCCUCUGUGGCAGAACCCCUGUGAUGACAAACGGCACAAAGACAUCUGGUCCAAGGAGAAAACCUGUGACCGGCUUCCCAAGUUUCUUAUUGUUGGACCUCAGAAAACAGGCACAACAGCCGUGCAUUUCUUUCUUUCCAUGCACCCGGCCGUCACCAGUAACUUCCCCAGCCCGUCCACCUAUGAAGAGAUCCAGUUUUUUAAUGGGCCCAAUUAUCACAAAGGGAUUGACUGGUACAUGGAAUUCUUCCCCAUUCCCUCCAAUGCCAGCACCGACUUCAUGUUUGAGAAGAGCGCCAAUUACUUUGACACCGAGGUGGUCCCCAAGCGAAGCGCCGCUCUGCUCCCGCGGGCCAAAAUCAUCACCAUCUUGAUCAACCCAACAGACAGAGCCUACUCCUGGUAUCAGCACCAGCGUGCUCACAGCGACCCUGUGGCACUCAACUACACCUUCUACCAGGUGAUUUCCGCGGGGUCCCAAGCCCCUCCAGAGGUGCACAACCUGCGGAGCCGCUGCCUGAGCCCUGGACUGUAUUCCACUCACCUGGAGCGAUGGCUGGCCUAUUAUCCCUCGGGGCAGAUUCUGAUUGUGGAUGGGCAGGAACUCCGGCACAGCCCCGCCUCUGUCAUGGAGAACAUCCAAAGGUUUCUGGGGGUCACACCACUCUUCAAUUACACCCAGGCACUCAAGUUUGAUGAGGCCAAGGGCUUUUGGUGCCAGGGACUGGACAGCGGGAAGACCAAGUGCCUGGGGAAGAGCAAAGGGAGGAAAUACCCAGAGAUGGAUGCCUCGUCCCGCAUGUUCCUGGCAGACUUCUAUCGCGAGCACAACAUCGAACUCUCCAAGCUGAUGAACAAGUUCGGGCAGCCCUUGCCCACCUGGCUGCGAGAGGAACUCCAGAACUCCAGCUGGAGCUGAAGGCGCACACUCAGGCCACGGAGACACGAGGACGGGAAAGCCGCCUGGAAGCAGCACCUGCAGCCGCCAUCUCUUUUUGAGCAGAUGUCAUCUGAAUGAGGAACGGGAGCGUGCUCGUGAACUUGAAGUGGGGGGGGGGGGGCUGAGUGAGGACUGUGCACCUUCAAGUAUUAAUGGUUUGGGGUGGCUGAGACCCCCUGGUGGGGGACAAAACUGCACAAGGUGCUGCGUUAUUGUCCUGCCGGCCUCCCGUUCCAGGAUGCAGGCGGGCUACUGUCCCCAAUGCAGGAAAGCUGAGGGUGUGCGCCACAGAGGGACAAAAGCAUGCCAGCAUGUAGGUUACUGACACAUUUUGACCAAUGGCCAGUUGCUCAGGAUGCCCACAAGCCAAAGUCUGGUGCUGUGAAUGCCCCCUUGGGUUUGUGUGGGUGGUGGCUGGGGGGGGGGGGGCUGACAGCAAGGAUCAUGUCUUGGCUCUUCCAACAGCAGUGUCUGAGGAGGAGGCAGGCAGGGAAUAAUCACUGAGGACGAGGCAUCAGGAACUUGUGGCAGGAGAGGGGAGUCUUUGCCCACCCCCACCCCCACCCCAGUUGCAGAUGCAGGCCGCUUGCAGCCGUUUUGUCUGGACAGCCACGCACUGUCCCUUCUUGGCACUACGGCACGGAGAAGUUGCGGAGUGAGAGGGUGCGCAGAGCAGCCACGUGGCCCGUCCUCACUUCCAGGUCCCCAGCUGGCUCCUGUUCCCGACUCCCAUCUAUUCUUCCCGGCAACCACUUCCCCAAUUGUACAGCAACCAGCCAAACACCUGCCUUUCCUUUCUGAGCACACCUUACGCUGUGCAGACUCAAGUGCCAGGCUCCCACGGUGGCGAGGGGGGCGUAUGUGUGCGAAGGAGCCAACUUUGGUGGGAAGAACUCCUUGGGGGCGACUUGUGCUACUCUGUGUCUGCAUCCUCCCGGGAAAAGAAGUGGCUUUCAGCCAAGUUUAUGCAUUGAGCCUUAGUUCUUGUGUAUUUUUUUUAAUGGCGACUUCACCAUUGUCUGUAAAUAGAUACUAUGGACUAUAUACGAUUCCAUUCAAUGUGUCCCCAAGCAGGGGCAGUGCUGUGCAACCAAACAGUGGAACCAACAAUACCGAACAAAAACAGCCAAUGAAAAACCUGUGGCCGAAGAGAGGCGCGCGCACCGCUUCCUGCACUGGAUUCAUGUAUAGUGUCAUUCACAUUGAAUGAUGAUGAUAAUGAUCAAGCAUAAAUUCUUGGCUCUUGCAGCUGAGCACAUUGUCUAAAUAAAGGUUAGACGUAGCAUUUGGAGUCCAA